CCUGGGCGUCUAGGCCGUUUCUGAAGCUUCCAUGAACCAACACCAAUAAUCUCUCCACUCCAACAACUCUGUACAUCCUUCAUCAGUCCCACUCGCCGCAUCUGAAGGCUGUAUUCCGAGCACGCAUCGCCAACAUGUUCCGACCACUACUCCGACUAGCCUCCAUACAAUGUGCGAGACCUUCAACAAUCACACGGCUUGCACACGGGCGUAAUGUCCCCCAGCCAACUGCCCUACCAGUACAGCAUCACCAGCAAACACAAAGACUGUUCAGUAUCAGCACACCCAGACAGGCUGUCACGGGGAAGAGCGAGGUAGACGAGAAGAUGGACGAGCUACAAGAGCUGUAUGCGUACGCCCGAGAUGAGUUUGAGAUUGCUGCCGAGGAAACCGAGAAAGUGUCGGUGUACGCCCAGGACGACCGGGAAGCGGCACGCGAAGCCCUCACAUCACUGCAAGAAAAGUACAAGGCGGCGACGGAAGGCUCAGAUGCUAGUCUUGCGGAAGAAGUAAAGAGGCGGGUUGGCCCGCGUAUAAGAGAGCUGGAGAAUGCGGUCACAGCUAUGGAAGAAAUGGCACAGAAUCAAGAUUGAGUGGGUGGAUGUAGACUGUAUGAGUAAGGUGGUGGCCAUGCUGUGCACUAUUGGAGGUACUUCAAGAAGGGGUAUCUCAUAACGAUAUAUACAAUGAAUACCAAAUGAUGGACGCGUAAAGCUCCUAAUUCAAGACC